AGGCCAUUCUCACGUCGCGUGCUUUCAUUUUGUUAGACACAAUAUAAAACUAUAGCCUUUUAAUUAGGGUAUUAACAUUUUUCUCAACUACCAACUGUUUCGGUCUUAACGUCAUUCCUAAACCGGGUUUAGUUGGUGCCAGUGGCGUUAGUUAAAAAGCUAGCUUUACUUAAACAAAGAGGUAACGUUAAUAGCAUAACACAAGUAGCCUAUCAGAGCUUGAACGUUAGCUAGAUCUGCCCCUGUUUUGACAAGCGUUUCCUCUUUCACUUCAACCACAUGCUGAUACUACAGACACAGCAUUGCACACACACACACUCGCACUGCUCGCUGAACAGAUAAGCCACAGACACAUCCUCUUGUAGCAGCCUGCUGUAACGUUAUAAAGCUCCACAUCUCUGCCAGCCUUUAACAGCUGCUUCACACAUAGGCUACACGCCAGAGGAGGAACUCGGGAUCAGUCUUAUUUGAACAAUUCCGACGUGGAAAAAGGAGGAUGGAGCAAUUUAAGAUGUCCCACUGGAUUGUGUGACUAAUGGCUUAUUUUACAUUUUAUGAGUCACGGUUUAAGUUUCGACUAUUUUCAUAAUUGAACCACUGAGGGUGUGUCUGGGACGGCCACUGUUACUACUACGGCAUGCAGGAUGGGCCAAACUCGCUCGGAUCUAUCGCACGCCAGAGCCACCCCAGGCAAAGCGAAGUGGAAAGCAGGCGAAACAGCCCACCGACUCCGUCUCUGCGGAUCUAGGAGCGGAGAGAAGCGACGGGGUGACCAGUUGAACAGGAAUCCGAUGAAAAAUAAAGUGCUAUCGUGUCUGGGAAGGAGAAAGCGAGACUCCAGCCAAACAGAAGCGGAUUUAGGUUGCGGAAACGGAGCCGGAGAUCCAGCAUCGCGCCGCGAUCACCGAGUAGGAAAGUUGCCGAGGGACGAGGUUGUCUCGGCGGGUGAGGAACAUCGAGCAUCCCCGGGUUGUUUUGAGUCACCAUCCGGCGUCGACGAUAAUGUCGAAGCUAUCCAACACGCCGUGAACCGAGAGGCAGCGGCUGGGUCGUCCGAUGCGUCAGGUUUGGAAACGCGGACCGGUGAAGUCAGCGGUGCUGGUAGCGAAGAGCCGAAACACGAGCGAGAGGACAAUGCCUCGGAACCUCCGACGAGGGCCAUGGAAGAUCAGCCGCUGGGGGGAAACUACCAGCAUCGUAUUGUGACUGAGGCUCGUGAAUUAACGGGGACUAGUCUGAGUUCAGCCCCGCUGCUCACCUCUGACCCCGACACUGAGCGGACUUUCUCUAGCUUGUCCCCAGAUCAACAUUUGGACAGUGGACUGUCGGUAACAGGCGAUCACGCUGAGGCUAAACUGACAAAAAGUGAGUGCAGUACCGUCUCACGUGGGCCCAAAGCAGCCGGUGACCAAAACAAAUGCUGUCCAUUUGAAAGUGAGAGUCUAAAAGAUUCUGAUCAGGCUCCACGGGGUCCCCCAGGAGGCCAACGUUUCCCAGGAACCAUACCGAAACUCAUCAUAACUAGAGACCCCAGUCCGACCCGCUCUCAGGACACAUCGGCCCUGCUGACCGUCCGAACGGAGCUCGGCACCGGCUCGUGUCUGGAUCCUCAGCCAGAUGACGAGUCCCCCUGCUCGGACAGCGGCUGCGGAGGGUCCCCUGCGCUGAUGCGCUCACCGAGGAAGCUGUCCAACUCCUCCUCCAUCGGUCUGUCCUCCGCCUCGUCCUUCGAGGAGUCCGAGGACGACUUCACUGGGAGCGACAUCGAGUCCAGUCUGUCUCCGGCCCGGUCUUUGUGUAGCCCGGACGAUGGCACAGGGAAUAAGUCCUGGCAGAAAUUGAAGACCAUGGUCCACUGGUCCCCCUUCGUCGUGUCCUUCAAGAAGCGUUACCCAUGGGUGCAGCUCGCUGGUCACGCAGGUAACUUCCAGGCUGGGGAGUAUGGACGCUUGUUGAAGCGAUACUGCGAGUGUGAGCAGCAGUGCCUACAGAAGCUGAUGAAGGACACUCUGCGCCCCUAUGUACCUGGUUAUUAUGGGGUAGUACAGAGAGACGAGCAGGACUAUAACCUGAUGGAUGACCUGCUGGCUGACUUUGACUCGCCCUCUAUCAUGGACUGUAAGAUGGGCAGCAGGACGUACUUGGAGGAGGAGCUGAUAAAAGCCAGAGAGCGUCCACGUUUGCGGAAGGACAUGUACGAGAAGAUGGUGGCAGUGGACCCCGGGGCCCCCACAGAGCAGGAGAGGGCCCAGCAGGGAGUCCUCAAACCCAGAUACAUGCAGUGGAGGGAGACGCUCAGCUCCACAGCCACCCUGGGCUUCCGCAUCGAAGGCAUUAAGAAGUCUGAUGGAACUUGUAACACCAACUUUAAGAAGACGAAGCACAGGGAGCAGGUGAUGCAGGCCUUGAAGGACUUUGUAGCUGGCAACACUAAGAUUCUGAAACUCUACCUGCAGCAGUUGGAGGAACUCCGAUCCGUCCUUGAGCAGUCUCACUUCUUCAGGACACAUGAGGUCGUCGGCAGCUCUCUGCUGUUUGUGCACGACGCCUCGGGGAAUGCCAGAGUGUGGAUGAUCGACUUUGGGAAGACGGUUCCCCUGCAGGCCCCUCUGACCCUGGACCACAGGACCCCCUGGAUGGAGGGCAACAGGGAGGAUGGCUACCUGUGGGGACUGGACAACCUCAUAGACAUCUUCAACAGUAUGCUGCCACAGACACCUUGAGCGAGGGACUCCGAAGACUCCAAUGAAACAUUGGUCCAUGUCCAGAUGGUGGAAGAGAUACAAGAUCAGGAGAGUUUGGAGAAAAGAAUAAAAGAUUACACAACCUGAGACUGACAGAGGAAGGAUUAGAAGAGGGCCACCGGUUUGAUUUUUAUGACCCACACAAUGAUCCAAAUGUCUUUUAUUCCGUGUUGCUUGUACUUAAGAAGAGGAUGAACGAAGGCAAGCCCUUGAUUUCUUUUGCAAAGUGUAGGAUGACGACUUUAUGCUUAAUGCUCCGUUUGUGGGACAGAUGAUGUGUGUUGAGGCAAACGGUAGUAGGAAGAGAAAGAGGGAGAAUUGAAUACAGAAUUGUAACUUUUGUUACAUGGGACUAUGGAGAGUACAGUCCUCUGAAUUCAUGGACCUCUGACAGUCCCUUUUUCUACAAAGGCACACAUUCAACAUUGCUCAUCUCCCUCCUCAACUUCUCCCUCUGUUGGUUAGAGUUGCACUCAGCACUCUUGCAACCAUGAAGUUGAUUCAGAGGUAUAAAACAUUUUCACGCAGCCUUCAAGGAGCAUUGGGUAACGGGAGUUUAAUUCUUGUCAUGGACCACUUUUGAUGUUUAGGUAUACAGUAAACACUAAAACACUGAUCGGACCACAUGUUAACUCACUCAGUGUGUAAAAACAUUUUUAUUUAAUUUUUGUUUGGCCAUGGUAUACCCUCCUUACUUUGUUUGUUUGUACAAUUUAUGUGCCUAGAGCUGUUUGAUCAUUCCAGUGCAGUGGAUUAUUUUUCUUCCAAAGAGGUCACCCAAGUGUAAACUGAUUUACAAUAUAAUCCCAAAGUUUAACUUCUUGCCGAAAAGCAUUUUCUAAAUUUGGAUUUUUGUAUGAUAAUGCAGUGAAAGUUUUUUUUUCUUCUCUUCCUCUUUUAACUGUGCAGUAAUCAGCUUGGCAGCCAUGUUUUGUCUGGAAUUUGUUGCACUAUGGAUCCUCACAAAGCCAUUGAACAAAUCAGGCGGUGCCUUUGUGUGUUAAGAAUGGGGAGCAGCAGUCAAGUAUUGGGUUUACAGAUGCAGACAUGUAGAAGUUUAUAACAUGAAUUUAAUUUGUUAUCACUUCUCUCUGAUCAGUGUUGCUUUAGAUGAUGAGAUUGCUUCAGUUGCUUGCAGCAACGCAGUGAUGUAACGGUCGAAAUGAAACUGGAGUUAGCCUACCUGAUUAAACUGCAGUCUGUGAGGCUUUUGGGAGGUUUCACUUAUGUUCCAACUUAAAGGCCGGCUACACACUGGCUGCGUGGCGUGUCAGUUUUUAUUUCGGCUCCCAUGUUAACAGGUUAGAACUUGCACACUGCCUGCGUAACACGCACGUCUCAGGUGCCUCGAGCCGUGCCGGAAAUGCGUUUUUGAUGUUUGAAAGUCUGUAAGUUUUGACAUAAAUGCAGAUAUAAAUGUAAUAAAAAAAAAAAAAUUUGAUUUUCAAA